CUUUACCAAAGAUCUCUCCAUCUCUAUCAAAUAUUUAUAACAACAUCAACAACAGAAACAUGAAAAAUUCAAACUACUGCCUUCCUUCAUACACUGCUUAUAAAAAUUAUGACUACUCAGAGCCAGGAAGACACAAUGAACAGCCCGGUCUUUGUGGUCUAAGUAAUUUGGGAAAUACAUGUUUCAUGAAUUCAGCAAUUCAAUGUCUCAGCAAUACACCUCCACUCACAGAAUAUUUCCUUAAUGAUAAAUAUCAAGAAGAGCUAAACUAUGACAAUCCAUUAGGAAUGAGAGGUGAAAUUGCAAAAUCUUAUGCAGAGCUCAUCAAGCAGAUGUGGUCAGGAAAAUACAGCUAUGUCACUCCAAGAGCUUUUAAGACACAGGUAGGACGAUUUGCACCCCAGUUUUCAGGAUAUCAGCAACAAGACUGCCAAGAAUUGCUGGCCUUUCUUCUAGAUGGUUUGCAUGAGGAUUUGAAUCGUAUUAGAAAAAAGCCUUAUAUUCAGCUAAAAGAUGCUGAUGGAAGACCAGAUAAGGUGGUUGCUGAAGAAGCUUGGGAGAACCAUUUGAAACGAAAUGAUUCCAUCAUUGUAGAUAUAUUUCAUGGACUCUUUAAAUCAACUCUAGUUUGUCCGGAAUGUGCCAAGAUCUCUGUAACAUUUGAUCCCUUUUGUUAUUUAACUCUCCCUCUACCUAUGAAAAAAGAACGUAGUUUGGAAGUUUAUUUAGUUAGACUGGAUCCACUUUCCAAACCCAUGCAGUACAAAGUAGUAGUACCAAAAAUUGGAAAUAUACAGGAUCUCUGCAUCGCAUUAUCAACUUUGGCAGGUGUUGCUGCAGAUAAGAUGAUCGUUACUGAUAUAUAUAAUCAUAGAUUUCAUAGAAUAUUUGCAAUGGAUGAAAAUCUAACUAGUAUUAUGGAACGUGAUGACAUUUAUGUAUUUGAAAUUGCUAUCAACAGAACUGAAGAUACAGAGCAAGUUGUAAUUCCAGUUUGUUUAAGGGAAAAGUUUCGUCAUAGUGGUUAUAGCCAUCAUAGUGGUUCAACACAUUUUGGACAACCUUUCCUUAUAACAGUGCCUAGAAAUAACACUGAAGAUAAACUGUAUAACCUUCUGCUAUUAAGAAUGUGUCGAUAUGUGAAAACCUCUGCUGAAACAGAAGACAGUGAAGCAUCUCUCCAGUGCUGCAAGGACAAUAGUAUCAAUGGUAAUGGUCCAAAUGGAAUUCAUGAAGAAGGAUCUCCAAGUGAGAUGGAAACUGAUGAACAAGAUGAUGAAUCUAGCCAAGAUCAAGAACUGCCUUCUGAAAAUGAAAACAGUCAGUCGGAAGAUUCUGUUGGAGGCGAUAAUGAUUCUGAAAAUGGAUUAUGCACAGAGGAUUCCUGCAAGGAUCGAUUCAUAGGGCACAAAAAACGAUUGUUCACAUUCCAGUUCAACAGCUUAGGCAAUACAGACAUCAAUUAUGUCAAAGAUGAUACCAGGCAUAUACGAUUUGAUGACAGACAACUUAGACUAGAUGAGAGAUCUUUCUUGGCUUUGGAUUGGGACCCUGAAUUCAAGAAGAGAUACUUUGAUGAAAAUGCUGCCGAGGAUUUUGAAAAACAUGAAAGUGUGGAAUAUAGACCUCCAAAAAAACCAUUUGUAAAAUUAAAAGAUUGCAUUGAGUUAUUUACAACUAAGGAAAAGUUGGGUGCUGAAGAUCCAUGGUAUUGCCCAAACUGUAAAGAACACCAGCAAGCUACCAAGAAACUAGAUUUGUGGUCGCUACCACCAGUACUGGUGGUGCAUCUAAAACGUUUUUCUUAUAGCAGAUACAUGAGAGAUAAAUUGGAUACAUUGGUUGACUUCCCAAUAAAUGAUUUGGAUAUGUCUGAAUUCCUAAUUAAUCCAAAUGCUGGACCUUGUCGCUAUAAUUUGAUUGCAGUGUCAAAUCAUUAUGGAGGCAUGGGAGGAGGGCAUUAUACUGCUUUUGCAAAAAAUAAAGAUGAUGGGAAAUGGUACUACUUUGAUGAUAGCAGUGUGUCGACUGCAUCAGAAGAACAAAUUGUGUCCAAAGCAGCCUAUGUGCUCUUCUAUCAAAGACAGGACACAAUCAGUGGAACUGGUUUUUUCCCUCUUGAUCGGGAAACUAAAGGUGCUUCUGCUGCUACAGGCAUUCCAUUAGAGAGUGAUGAAGACAGUAAUGAGAAUGACAAUGAUAUAGAGAAUGAAAAUUGUAUGCACACUAAUUAAUCGAAGAACUAGAAGCCAUACAGAGAAGAACUUCCUGAUGGGAGCUCUCGAUUAAAAAAAUGAAAUUAUCCACCAAAUUAAAAAUAAAAUCUGAGAUGGGAAAUUUCAGAUGACAGAAUGUAAAUCCUUGUUAUAUUUUAACUUGUGCAUUACCUGAAGUGAAACACAAUGAAAACAUUAGAAUGUGUCUCUAAUAUCUUUGCAAACUUGUAUUCACAAGCUAUAUAGGAAAUAAAAAUAAACCCCUUUGCAAUUUCUGCUGCAAUCUGGAUGAAUUACAGUUUCUUUGUUUUGGAUACAAAAUAAUAUUGACAAUUUGUGGAUUUGUUUUUUUGUCUCAAUACCCCAGGAAUAUUACUGCAGAACCUCUGUUUUUCAAUGGAUGUGUCCUUAGACCAGUAACAAAAAAUUGACUAGUAUAUUCAACACAAUGCAGCAGCAUUCUUGGAAUGUCAGAUUUUCAAGUAUCUCCCUCAAAUGUUGAUUGAAAAGAAACUUAAUCAUGAUAAAAUGACUUGGAAAAGGUGUUUUAACCUUUUGUAAUAAAAGUAAUCUUCCAGAAUAUUAUGUUCAUCUUACUGCUGCUGUGGAACAGGUUCUGGAUUUCAUGCUGCAUUAAGGAAUUGAAUUUUUCAAUUAAAUGUACUGUAAGUAUCCCUCAUUGCUUGUUGGAUCUACUUUGUAAACAUAAUUCCUGUUAUCUUGUUUAUAAGAUGUGCGUAACUUUAAUCUGGUGUCAGUCCAAAAAUUUUAACUGUGCUGUAAGUCCUUCCUCCCCAUUUUUAGUAGUUUGACAGUUUACAAACUACAUACAGUGUAAUAGAUUCCAAUUUUUAAUAGUAUACUGUAUUCAUAGUAAUGACUGUGCAUCAAGCUUAGAUGACUUUUCCAUAUAACUUGCCUUCAAAUUUGUUAAUGGGCAACUGGUUCAAAGGUAGGUCUGCUAAUUUUUCAUGUGCAUUGGUGAAUCACCAUAGCCUUACAUCUUAUCUCAAAAGGUAACUUUACUUAAUAUAGAAGAAUUGGCAUUUGCAUGUUCAAGAGUCAGAACCUGUACAGUAAGUAGAUAAAGUAUACAUACCUUGAAUUGGGUUUUAAUCGUGUUGAAAGAGUAUGGGAUGCCAAAAAUAAGUGUGACCAUUCGAAACUUUUUUGUUUGCCAUUUUCCCUUUGAUAGUUGAAGAAAAGUAUUGUUGAACCAUAUACAAUACUGUCUUUGACAGAAACUCUCUACCUGUGGAGGCACACUUCACAUAUCUACUACCUAAGAUCCCACCACUGUUAAAGCAAAAAGUAUGAUCUUCACUUGAACUAAGCAAAUACAAUAGGUUAUAAAUUGUGUAUUGUAAAUAAAGUUCACUCUGUGAGUGCACAUUUUGGUAAAUUAUUUAUUUAUGUUAGCAUUUAAAAAUUUAAAAUUGCAUUUGACCAGAAUAAAAUUUGGUUUGUGGACAUGGCUUCGCUUUAUACUUUGAUAUUAAAAGCUGGUGUUUAAUCCUGAUAUUUUAAAGCUGCUUUUUUUUCAAUGUAAGCUAGCCUCCUGCAUGACAGAGGUUGAAAAUUGUCUGCACUUGAGUUCACUUGGGUUUACAUUUGAAAUGCGCAUGUUUUAUUUAUAAAAAUUUCAAUAAAGCUAU